AUGCAUUAUUCCUCUCGUCGCCCGGGUGCAAUCGCCAUCCCCCACGAUGCCCGCAUCAAUUCCAUCCCCAAUGCCAGUCCCAAAGUCAAUGGGUAUCCCACCGGCGCUCUCGGCGGGGAGUUGAGCGGAGACAGCCCCUCCGACAGCGAGGACGCGGGCGCCCCCCAUCCCGCCAACAUGACUGACGAAGCCGACGCCGACGACGUAAUCGGGGUCAGCAUGGGCUAUGACCAGAGUCGACUGAAGUCUCGCUUGACGCCUGCGGAGGAGAAGACGCGCAUUAUGGAGCGCAAUGGCGGCUUCUUUGAGAACGAGGGCAUUUUUGCGCCGGAUAUCACAGAGGAGCCAGAGGGGUUGACGGACGAUAGCGGCAAUAAUAAUGUUUAUAAUAAUAAGGACCAGGGGGGAUAUGGAGCUGGAGCGGCAGCGGGUGGGAAAGCCGCCACAACUCCUGCGCCGAUCAAAGAGGGACAGGGACACGGACCACGGACGAGCUUUACGAGGUCGCUUUUGAAGAGCACCCUGCCGUUAAGGCCGCGCGCGUGGUCGGGGGAUAGCCAUACGGGCAGCCGGCUGAAGAAGUUCUUUCCGUCGUUGCAUUUGAGGAGCGGCAGCUUGGUGUCUGUGUCCAGGAAUCGCUCACGCAGUUGGUCGUCGCGGCUUAAUUUGGACCAGGAUGGUGGUAAUGGCGGUAAUACUGGCGGCGGUGAUGAGGGUGGUGUGUCUGCAGUGCCUCGGUCACCGCAGCGUUCGCCGGAGAUUACUGCUGGUUCACCACCCUCAAAUGGUACACAGUUUGCCACUGAUACCGCUCCUGCGGAGGAUCCGAUCGGCGAAUUGAGGCCGCUGCAGGCUCCGUCUGCGAGCACUCGCGGCAAGUAUUCCUUCGUCGGUUCGAAUCCAACCCUGCGCCGGUCGUCUUCAGACCAGUCGUUGUACCUGCGGGCUUCGUCUACUGCAUCGUCGCUGGAGCAUCGUCCUCAGUACGAGCAUAUCCAUUCCCAGACGAACAGCCGGUUCAAGGCCAUCAAGGAUACCCUGCAGGAUUCGAGCAGUCGGCUUCUGAGCAUGCCCACUCUUCACUUACAGGACCUGCGCAGCGAUUGGGGUUACAAACAGUUUCUCUCUGAUGCUUCCCACCGCAGGGCAGAGACGGACGAAACAGGCGCUUCGGCAGGGUUGGCUCCGCCGCUCGAGACUCGUGCGUACCCCGAAGAUCAGUCAUCGAAUUUAACGAUGCCGUGGGCGAAGUCGCCUCGCUCGAGCCUCGCCACAACCAAUCCUAUCCUCUAUGAAGCUAUGAGCGAGCUGACCGGAGACGUGGUGGUUAUGGGUGGCUAUCGGGGCUCAAUCCUACGCUCGGCCAAACCACCGCACCGGCAACUCUGGGUUCCCAUGAAGGUGGGACUCAAUCUGCGAAAGGUGGACCUUGAGGUCGGUUUGACACGUGAAGACGAAGAACGCAUGGAAGAGAGCAUCAUUCCGGACGGAGUGCUUUCGCACGUUGGCCCGGUUGAUAUCUGUCGACGACUGCUCAAGCGGCUGCAGAAGUGCGAAAAUACCGUCCGUGGCGACCUACGCGUCCACAACUACGGCUACGACUGGCGACUUAGCCCUCAUCUCCUCUCAAAACGCUUGAUAAAGUAUCUUGAGGGUUUGCCGUGCAAUGCCCCCGACGUUCCGCCGCACAAGCGAGGUGCAUAUGUGAUUGCUCACAGUCUCGGCGGUCUAAUCGCUCGGCAUGCAAUCAACCAACGGCCCGAGCUCUUCGCAGGUGUUGUUUAUGCCGGUGUCCCGCAGCACUGUGUCAAUAUCCUCGGGCCUCUCCGCAAUGGUGACGACGUGCUCCUCAGUUCUCGCGUUCUGACCGCGCAAGUCAACUUCACCUUCCGGACGAGUUUCGCGCUCCUCCCCGAAAAGGGCCACUGCUUUAUCGACAAGCGCACAAAGGAAGAAUAUAGUCUCGACUACUUCGACCCGGAUACCUGGGACGAAUACCGCCUCUCCCCUUGCAUAGCGCAGCCCCUACCCGUGCCCACUUCAACAAGCGCGCUCAAUCUCCCUAUCCGCAAGCGUUUCUCCACCAUCCUGUCCAACUCCUCAGCAGACGACAGUACAGACCUAGACAACUUCACACCCGACUCCCCCACAAUCACCAACGGCAGCGGUGGCAGUCACAGCCGCAACAACUCCUCGACAACCGCAGCAGCCGCAGCACACAACCUCAACCCCGCUAAUCACUUUCCUCCAAAGGGCGAAGGCCUCCCUGGUCCCGCCACGAACCCCAAGGGCUCAUCUUCCACAACCCCAAACACCCAACCUAUCACGCUUCAUCCGGCCGCUGCGCGAGAGUACCUCGCACGCACCCUCGCCGAGGUUCGGGCCUUCAAGCACGAGACCCUCCACAACGACAGCCACCAGCAGAGCAAUAAAUACCCGCCCUUCGCGGUACUGUACUCCAAAUCCGUGCCAACGGUGUACGGCGCUCGCGUCGCUUCUCGCGAGGCGAUCAAGUACACAUCGGCGUAUGACGAUCUGGCCUUCGCCGCUGGUGAUGGGGUCUGUCUUGCUAGCGCGGCGAUGCUGCCGCACGGGUACAGGGUUAUCCGCGAUGGACUCGUCAAGUCUGACCGUGGUCAUGUGGGCCUGCUAGGCGAUUUGGAGGGCGUGGGUGCUUGUUUGAGGUCGGUGAUCCGGGGACGGAAAGAAGGGGUUGGGAUUGAUGGGUUUCCUCUUGCUUCGGAGUAUUGA